UUAAAUGGCGAAUUGAAGUCGACCUAACCGCUCCACCUCCAUAACACCCAGCUUUCAUGUCCACGUCCAAUUUUACCGCGCCCCCUUGCCCAAGAUUCGCUUGCAGGUAUUCCUAAUCCGGCGUGGAGGCCGGCGAAAGUUCGCAAAUUCUGAAGCCGAGCGCAAACAAGGCGUCUAUUUCCUAAAUUACGAUCAGAAGAUAUUCAUUACGGAAACCCUAAUAACUUCCAAUCUACACCCGGGUUGCUCCAAACUUGGUUUUCGUCUUUGGGUUACAGACCACCGGAUCUGCGCAGAUUACUAUGUUUAGAUAUUGUAUCGGAUGACCCGAAGUUGUCGGGAAUGGGAAUGGAUGAAUGAAGAAUGCCAGAACUGCGUGAGGGUGGUUGCAGAGGGCGGGCACUGAAGGAUCAAGUAGUGCGGGUCGAUAGGGUCGCCACUUGGAGGGACGGAAGGAGCAGACAAGCGGUGCAGGAGAACGGUGUGAAAAGGCCUGCUUUGGCGGAGAAUAGGUUCUUGGAGUGCGUUGGGGAGACUGAGGGCUUAAUCGGGGAAGAAGCCGACGAAAGGAGGAUGGGUGACAAUGAUAGCGGUGGCAGGAGCGCGAAUAAGCUCCACAAAGGCGAGGAUGAGGGUUGCACCCCAUCCUUGCCGGAAAAGGUUCAGAUUGGGAACUCCCCCGUUUACAAAAUUGAAAGGAAGCUUGGGAAAGGAGGAUUUGGUCAAGUCUGUCUUGGCCGGCGGAUUUCAGCAACCAAUGCCAAAGACAGAAUUUCGGGCAUUAGUGCUCUAGAAGUGGCACUGAAGUUUGAACAUAGAAACAGCAAGGGGUGUCAUCAUGGACCCCCUUCUGAAUGGCAAGUUUACAACACCCUUAGUGGCAUUCAUGGGGUUCCUCGAGUGCAUUACAAGGGUCGCCAAGGGGACUACUAUGUCAUGGUUAUGGAUAUGUUGGGACCUAGUCUAUGGGAUAUCUGGAAUAAUAACUCUCACACCAUGUCUACUGAUAUGGUUGCAUGUAUUGCUAUUGAAGCCAUUUCCAUACUAGAAAAUAUGCACUCUAAAGGGUAUGUGCAUGGGGAUGUAAAACCAGAAAACUUUUUGCUUGGGCCUCCAGGAACUCAUGAUGAGAAAAGACUAUUUCUUGUUGAUCUUGGCUUAGCUACAAAGUGGAAGGAUGGUUCAACUGGUCAACAUGUUGUCUAUGACCAGCGGCCAGAUAUUUUUAGAGGAACAGUGCGCUAUGCUAGUGUUCAUGCUCAUUUAGGAAGGAUUGGAAGUAGAAGAGAUGAUCUGGAAUCCCUUGCUUACACGCUUGUUUUCCUUCUUCGUGGCCGUCUGCCUUGGCAGGGUUUGCAGGGUGAGAACAAGGGUUUCCUUGUCUGUAAGAAAAAAAUGGCUACAGCUCCUAUUGCUUUGUGUUACUUUUGUCCAUUGCCGUUCAGAUUGUUCCUGGAGUAUGUAGUGAAUCUAAAGUUUGAUGAAGAACCAAAUUAUGCUAAAUACAUUUCACUAUUUGAUGGCAUAGUUGGUCCUAAUCCAGAGAUUAGACCACUUAAUACAGAUGGUGCUCAAAAGCUUAUAUACCAGGUUGGCCAAAAAAGAGGGAGGCUGUCGAUGGAAGGAGAAGACGAGCAACCAAAGAAGAGAGUGCGAAUGGGGACGCCAGCAACUCAAUGGAUUAGUGUUUACAAUGCCCGUCGGCCUAUGAAGCAGAGAUAUCACUACAAUGUUACUGAUUUAAGAAUUGCCCAGCAUAUUGAAAAAGGAAAUGAAGAUGGAUUGUUUAUCAGUUGUGUUUCAUCGAGCUCAAAUUUGUGGGCUCUCAUUAUGGAUGCAGGCACCGGUUUUACUUCUCAAGUUUAUGAACUCUCGCAAAGCUUUCUUCACAAGGAAUGGAUACUGGAGCAAUGGGAGAAAAAUUACUAUAUUAGUGCUCUAGCUGGGACAAACAAUUGCAGUUCUUUUGUGGUGAUGUCUAAAGGCACCCAGUAUACACAGCAGUCAUACAAAGUUAGUGAUUCAUUUCCUUUUAAGUGGAUUACUAAAAAAUGGAGGGAGGGUUUCUAUGUUACUUCCAUGGCCACUGCUGGAGCUAGAUGGGCAGUUGUCAUGUCCCGAACUGCUGGCUUUUCAAAUCAGGUUGUUGAACUGGACUUCUUAUAUCCAAGUGAAGGUAUUCAUUGGAGGUGGGAUAGUGGCCAUCGAAUCACUGCCACAGCUGCAACGCCAGAUCAGGCUGCAAUUGUUCUGAGCGUACCAAGAAGAAACCUUGCAGAUGAAACGCAAGAGACACUUAGAACCUCUGCUUUUCCUACUCAGCAUGUCAAGGAGAAGUGGGCAAAGAAUCUCUAUAUGUCAUCAGUAUGCUAUGGAAGAACCGUUUCAUGAUUUGAUUCUUUCUGUUUAGGGUUUAAUAUCAAUUGCUCAUUCUCAAAAGAAGCAUCAUGUAAGUUGGUGUGAGAAAUUUCAAUGUGCAGAUGCCAUUUUUAAGCAUUUUUCACAUUCCUGUCUCUGCUAAUCUCCCACCAUUAAGGUUUUGCAUAUCUGUUAAGAUCAUGAAAUGUCCACUACAGAUGAAUUGCUCAUGUUAUCUUAUUUUAUAAAGGUAAUCUGUAUAGUGAAUCAAAAUGCUGAUAAAAGUAAGAAUAUCAACAGUAAGCCAUCCUGCUAUAGAUAACACUGCUGUUUUGUGUAUGCAGUGGCAGGAAAACCUAACAUUUUAGUAAGGGAUUUGUCAUUUGAUAGUUGAGCAUUUUCUUUCCUUUUUUUUUUGCUCAGUAUAUUUUGAUUUCUUUA